AUGAAAGAUGAAAGUAAAGGGGAACGUGGGCAGGAGCUACGCUACAAUUGGUUUCAGAAAUAUGCCAUUAUAUUAAUCAGCUCCUUGUGCUCGGUCGUUUACAUGACAAUUUUAUGUACUGGUGCCGUAAUUCAUGAUUGGUACCAAGGAAUCAAGGGCGAGAAUCGGUUGAAGCCACCAGAUGUUGAAGUACGUGCCCACGGGUAUGUACCUAGGGUAGCAUAUGACAAUAUAAAGUCUCUCAAGGCAACUGACAACUUGCAAUACUAUCUCCAAGCAUUGGGUUUAGAUUUAGAGGAAUACAGCGUUACCACCGCCGACGGCUAUAUUCUUGUAUUGCACCACAUAAUAGAUCCAAAGGAAACGCAAGAGCAAAGGGAUUUGAGAAAACCCGUGUUCCUCCAACAUGGGCUAUUGUCGUGUUCAGGAAACUUUAUUGCCAGCGGACGUAAUUCGUUGGCGUAUUACUUUCACGAACAAGGGAAAGACGUUUGGAUGGGAAACAACCGCUCAUGGUUUAAAGCACAACACGCAACUAUCAAGGGUAAUUUGUACAAUAGUGAAUUAUACUGGAAGUGGGGGAUGAAAGAGUUGGCGUAUCAAGACUUGCCUGCCAUGAUUGAAACGGUGAUGAUCAUGAAGCCAAAACAUACUAAACUCACUUUGUUUGGACAUCUGCAGGGUGGUCUUCAAAGUUUCCUUAUGUUGCUGAAUCCGCACUUUUCUUUUAUUCAUGACAAGAUUGACUUGUUUGUGCCAUUGGCACCGGCUGUAUACCCUGGUCAAAUAUUCUAUACACGAUCAUUUAUCAAAAUACUUAUCAAACUUCCUAAGUCUGCAUGGACCAUGAUAUUUGGCUUUUGCGCCAUGCUUCGAAAUUUGUGUCUUAUGCGGGACCGCAUGGCUCACUUGUGGUUGUUUGGUAAACUAGCUUAUUACUUGUUCAAGUUUUUAUUCGGAUGGACAGCACGCAACUGGGGUCGAGAUAAGUUUGUGUGGCAUAUUCUCUUCAUUUACUGCAUGAGCUACGUGUCAGUGGAAUUGAUGCAGUAUUACUUGGCAAAUUUUGCAUCAGGUGGUUUCGUGGACAUGUUGCAACCUAAGGAAACAUACUUUAAUGGCGGGCAUUACUCUGCCGAAACUUUUAAAUCGAACGAUGCCGAGAUGACGUUUCCCUAUUGUAGCUCGUGGUUUAAAAAUACUCGCAAGGUGCCGAUGCUUAUAUUUUCUGGUGACGAUGAUUACCUCGUGGAUGGGAAACGAUUAGUCUCGCAUAUGCAACAUUAUGAACCAGACUAUACAGAAGGCCAAAAUUUCAAAUACUACAAUAUACCGACUUACAACCAUCUAGAUAUAUGUUGGGCAGAGGACGUUAUCGGUACAGUUGGAUAUGCUGUUUGUAGGGAAUGGGAGCGGUUAGAAAAUUCUGAAAAUGGGGAGAUGGGUGAAAAGGUGGCAACUAGUGGGACACUUGAAGAAUAA